AAAAUACUAGUCGGAAUGUUGGAAAAAUACUGCCAUACAAAUGAAACACAAAUUUCUGCAUAACUCGAGAACUAAUCAAGCAAAUGGAGCCAAAUUUGGCAUCUGAAGGUUUUAGGAGCACACAAAACUCGGCUUCCAGGAGAACCAAACCAACUUCACCCCCCAACCACCGGUUGCCGUUUGUUUUGACUCCCGUUGCACAGCCGAGCGCAUUCCCGUUUCGUUGCGCGGCAUUCCGCGCGUUCCCAUGGGAGUCCGGAUCUCGUUUGUUUGGGCGUUGUAAAUCAGAGUGAAAAUUUUCCCACCUUCCCGAACCGGCCCCAAGUAAGCUUUGUGAAUCAACUGCCGGCAGGGACCAUCCCCGAGCUCGCAAAAAAAAUGGAUCAGAUUGUCGAGGAAAGCGGAGAGGAUUCCCAGGCGCCGGAGUCCACCUUUGAGGAUGACCUCAUUCCGAAGGAAAUCUCGGACGAAUUUUUCGAGGAGAUGUGUGCCAAGGCGAAUCUGACAGUGAAAGAUCUCCAGGGGAACCAGCAGUACCUGUUGGCGGAGGAUUUUCAGAAGUUGCUACUAACGUGUCAGCAGUUGCGCCAGCAGUUGCUCGACGAACAGGAAAAGAUACAGAAGAUGCAGGGAGAGGUUUCAGCUGCAGCGGGCCGAGUGGCACUGGCCAUUUCGAUCUCACAGCGGGAUCAGGACACGAUUCAAACGCUGCGUUCGGAAAUCGAAGAGGCUUGGAAGCGGGCAGAUGCUGCCCAAAAGAGGGAUCAGAAUGCUCAGGAAGCGAUGGACCAGAUGCGGGAGAAGCUCGAGAAGAUGACAGCCGAAUCGGAUCGACACGGUGACAAGGAGGAUGAAGUGGGAGCUGCGAUGGGAAAACACAAGGAAACACUUCUGCGGGAGCGCGAUCGAUUGUCUGUGGAGGUGGAUGAGCUCAAUCGGCGCUUGAAUAUCCAGCGCAUCUACACCGAAGAGCUGGAGAACAAAUGCACCGAUACGGAGGAAAAGGUCAAGGAAAUGUACAAAACGCUGGACGAGACAUCGAAUGAGGCCUUCCGCAACAAGCGUAUGCUGGAAAAUCUCCAAGUGCAACAUGCCGAGGUGUCGGACGAACUGGCACUGAAGACGGAAGAAGCCAAACAGUUUAAGACCCAAGCUGAAGCGAACCAUAAGACAACGGUCCACCAGGGUCUGCAGAUGGCAGCCAUUCGCACCAGCUUGGAGCGGUUGACUACGAGCAACAAUCUGUUGCAGGUGAAGCUUGCGAAGGCGCAAGGCGAUUUCGAAAAUAUGGUGCAGUUGAAGGAGAAAGUUACGAACGAGCUGAACACCAAGGUCAACAUACUGAAAUUGAAGGAAGAUGAAAAUAACAAGUUCCGCCUGGAGAACGCUAAGCUAGCAAAGAGCAAGGAGCUGCUGCAGAAACGAAUAUUGGCGGUGGAGACAGCGAAAAGUGCCUUGGACCUGGAAGUGUCAAAGCUUAAAAAUAUUAUCGUUACCUUUGAGAAGGAGCGUGACGCCACGAAGAAGGCCUUUGACAUGUCGAAGAAGCAGAUGGACGCAAUCAUGCGCGAACGUGACCUCGCCCGGAAGGAUUUGGCGAAAGCUAAUAAGAACAUCUCCGACCUGAUGGAGCAGAUAAUGCUGCUGGAGAAGCAGCAGAAAACGCUCGAUAAUGAAAUCAAGGGUCAUAUGGCUGCGGCCCAGAAGCAGAGCAUGAUCAUGAUGAAGAUCGAGAAGGAUCGCGAUCGGAACGCGGAAGAGGUCCAGAAUCUGAGCGACAAGAUCGAUACGAUGAACGAGGAUCUGCUGUACAGGCAGAACCAAAUUGUGGAACUACGCGAGAAGCUGAAGGAGACCGAGUCGAAGCUAUUUCAGUGCCAGGCUUCGCUGGAGGUCACCCGAAGUGAGAGGAACAUCUUCGAACGUGAUCUCGGAACCUGUAUGAAAGAAAACGAAGGAAUCAAGGAACGAAUGAAGAAUGCUGUACAUUCGGUAGACCAGCUAAAGGAUGAGAAUAACACGAGGGUGGCCGAGCUUUUCAAGGCCAACAAAACGAUCGACAAGAUCGAGAAGGAGAAACAAUCGUUGAAGAUGGAGGUGCAGAACAUUUCAACGACACUGCAGCACACAAAAUCUGAGCUGAGCGAGAAGAUUAUGGAAAAUUCUCGGUUGAAUAAGACUCUGACGGAGGAUGCCGCAAGUAUGAUACGGCUGAAGAAACAGCUUGACGGUACAAUAAACGAGAAGGACUUGAUCAAGGCACAACUGACGCAGCGAGUAGACGAGAUAAACACUCUGACCGAGAAGUUAAGCAUGGUUAGCAUGGCGCUGGAUCGGGGCGAGAGUCAGUACCGUGAUCGCCUGGAUGACAUACGCCUGUUGAAGAUCGAAAUUAGUAAUCUAAGAUCGCAGCGGAAUUUGCUCACGAGGGGACUGGCGAACACUGCCGAUAUGCGACAGGAAGUGUUGCAGCUACACAGAGUUCUGAACCAGGAACGAGUCAAGGCGAAGGCCCUGGAGGACGAAAUGCUCACUCCUAUGAACGUUCAUCGCUGGCGGAAGCUGACAGGAAAAGAUCCUGAGAAAAUGGACCUCAUAGUCAAGGUUCAAACGCUUCAGCGGCGAGUGCUAUACCAGUCGGUGGCCGUUUCCGAGCAGGAGAAAACGAUCGAUGAGUCGAAAAAAAUGUACGGGGAACUAAAACAGGUAGCAGAAAAACUGCCCCAUCAAAAGAUGAAGGAACAACUCUGCGUCACGCAGAGAUCGCUCACUGCUAGAACCAAAAAACUCAAGGCACUCGCAGCGGAGAUUAGAAUCAAGGAAAGCGACUGCAAGAGUCAAGAAUGCAUGGUUGAAGAACUGAAGAAAUCUCUGCUGGAAACCAAAAAAGAAUUGGUCAAGGAGAAACGGGAGAAGAACAAGCUGGCGGAUACAGUGCGAAGUGCGUUGGCUUCAGGGGGAGGCAGAAAAAUCCAAUCUCAUCACGGCGAGGUCAUAGUGAUUCACCAGAGAGGUAGUCAAAGUGCCGGCUAUCGCAUGAUGGGAUCUGGAUUCAAAGUGUCCUGCUAAAUUUCGUAACUUUGCUAGCUAUAUGACGCGCGUUGUUUGUUUUCACAAUUCAAAUAGACUCAUACUCUAAUAUAUUGCUUUGCUUCGCACCCUUCAAAAAAACAUCAAACUCAAAAACCCGUCCUCUUUGAAUCCACACGGCGUGCGUUCGAGGUGUGAUAAAUAAAUAU